CUCUUUCCAUCACCUCAUCUGUAUUGAACAAGAAAAAAUACAAUAAAAUAAAACUUCCAUCAAUCAUACAACAUGAACUCGGAUCCAAAUUUUCAGGGCAGUCAGCUCAAGCCAGGAACAGCGGCCUAUGACCAGGCAAAUGACAUUUACGCCACGUCUACGUAUGGGCAGGAACGCAACAUGAACCCUGGAGAGAUCCUACAACCCACAAGCAUAGAGGAUAUCCAGGGUGUUGUUAGAUAUGCCAACAAGUUUGGCAAGCCUAUUGCCAUCAGGACUGGUGGUCACCAGUACAGCGGUGCAUCCUCAACGGGCCCCAAUGGCAUCCAGCUGGACUUGGAACUUACGUUCCGAGACAAGAAUAAGGACCUUGUAUUGAUCCGCGAUACAGCCAACGACAAGGUCUAUAUCAAAGCAAGUGUCAGCUGGGCCUUAUCUGAAGUCUAUGAGUUUCUUUUGGCCAAUGGCGUCUUCAUGCCCACAGGCCAAUGCGCUACGGUUCAUCUCGGAGGCCAUGUCCAGACAGGCGGCUAUGGGAUGCUGGCUCGAUCCUUUGGGCUUCUCGGAGACUACAUCCGUGAGCUCCAUAUUGUGGAUCACACUGGUGAACUGGUCACAGUAACCAAAGAGAAGCAGUCCGACCUGUUCUUUGGCCUGCUCGGUGGCAGCCCCGGCAACAUAGGAGUCUUGACGCACUUCACUGUCGAAGUCCAAGAUGACAAAAAGUACCAGGGUUCAAAGGGCCUUUGGAUGGCGUUCCACUACCACCAAGACACUUUAAAGGAGCUCCUCGACAUAUUAGUAGAGAAAGGAGAAGACCCAAACUUCCCGCGCAGCUACGACUUCACUGUCAAUGUCGUCAGCAGAGAGACAAAUCUUCUAGACCUUUUCCCAGGCUCGGAAGACGAGCUCAAGGAGACAUUGCCAGAUAACAUUCACGACGGCAAGAAAAACUUCGCCAACGUGUUCAAAUUCAAGUACGCAGUCAUUGUUGUGUAUGCCCAAUGGGUCAAUUUGGGGACCGACAAAUUCUCCCCAGAUCUUUUCAACCGCAUCAAGGGUGUCACUCAUGAUCUCUUCAAAUUUGGCAAGGAGACUGAUAAAGAUACUCCAAUGUCCUACAUUACAUCCAUGUGGCUCUUCAGAAGCCGGCGCGAGUUCCCCUACCCUUACAUCAAACGCACUAACACGACCAAUUCCACCACGCUCUCCAAGACUGGAUGGUCCAAGUGGUUCUCUGGGCGUAUCAACGAAAUCAUCUCCAACAAAGGCAACGGCCUGUGGGUCUCAUCUCAGUUGCAGGUUUAUGGCGGGAAAGGGUCCAUGUUCGCGAACAACGCAAACAAUGGCACUGCCUAUGGCUGGAGAGAUGCCACUAUUAGUGGAACCUGGGAUGUCUUUCAUCAAGAUAACUAUGAGGGGGCCAAGAAGUGGCAGGAUGAGAACGAUGCUGGAGCGGCUAUUUACUUUAGCAAAAAUGACCGCCGCGUUCUCUGGGGCUCGUAUGGUGAUUGGGACAUGAAGAAGGUUUGGCCACACUAUUAUGACUCUGAAACGUAUGAGAAGCUGCGGCAGAUAAGGAAGAAGGCCGAUCCCAAUGGCGUCUUUACUGCCAACCCAUUUUGUGUGGAGGCAGCGGAAAAAAGUGUGUGCUCGAGUUUGUAAACGCUCAUUUUUAAUUGAUCAUUCACUGAACUCGCUUGUUUUUUAAGGGUAAUAAUAGUUAGUUUCAUUAAUCGGAUCGAAAUUGAACUCCGAAAGUGUAUUUAGCAUAAUAUAUUCGUUCAUAAAAAAGUGAAUGUCCGC